AUGUCAAGCUACGUCCGCAGAGCAUUUUGUGCCUAUGCAGCAGCAGCGGCUGUCACCAUAGUGCCACUGACCUCAAGGGGACAGGACGUUCCUGUUCACCAUAGCGCUCAGGCUGGCUUAGCUCAGGCCCCACAAAUGCCACCCACUGCAUCUGCACCCUAUGGCUACCACCACAUACCGUCUGACCCAGCUGCUGCUCCCCCACCUCCCCCUGUGCACAGUCACCAUGGAUACGGUACUCAUGAUCCGUCGAUAUCCCAGCACAGUCACGACGGCGUCAAUAUGGGCGCUCUGCCAAAUCCAUACACCCUGUGGGAACAGUCAUCUGGCACGACGGAGCUAAGUACCCAUUCUUGGAAGCCUCCUCUAUCCCAAGAGAACCUCAGUUUCUGGGAUGUCGCGAUGUCAACUGUUCCAUCGGAAGACCACAUCGUGCUAAUGCCAGGAGAGGCCAACAGAACAGGCCAGUUCUGGCACCGCAAUGCAAUUUCCGCUGUCUACUUUGAGGUGCAGUUUGGGUUCGGCGUGUUCGGCAGAGAUCCAACAACUCACCCUGAAGGACCAGCUGGUGGCGAUGGUCAGCCCGAGGGAUUUGCAUUUUGGUAUGUAUAUGAGCCCUACGCGAGCGUCUACCCUCGAUCGCCGGAGGAGCAAGCCAACUGGAACCUCAUAGGAUACAAAAAUAACCCGAAAGGAUUUGGAGUUAUCUUUAAAACAGUGGAUCAGGCAGGCAACAUCAAUCCGUCCAUUUCAUGCAUCCAUAACACCGAGGACAACCGAGAACUAGCGAAGGAAAUCUCGGCUUCCUCUGCCUUUUUCUAUCAAUACAGGAAUAAAUCCACUCCAGUCCUUUUCCGCGUCAUAGUUGGAAAUCAGGGAGUUGUUGCUCAAAUUCGGGAGUCUGUCGCCUCAGCGUGGGUCACUGCCUGCUCACUUGAGCAUGUUCACUUGCACGCUCACGGUUUCAUCGGUUUUACAGCCCAUAAUGGGAUAGGCUCAAGUCAAGCGCCAACAGGAAAUCAACCUACGGGAGAUCAGGUUGUGUUGAACUUUGUGAAAGUGUGGAGUCUAGACCAUAUCCCCACUCAACCCGCUGCCCCUGUACCCCAACAUGCAGUUCACCCUAUGGAAACACAGCCGGUUGCAACAAGCCCUCAUGCGCAUUCCGCCCACCCUGAGCAUUACGGGAUCUAUCCAGGAGCCACACAUGACACCUCUCAUAUAGGUUUUGACGCGAGCCACGCAGACCAAACUCUGAUGAGGAUGUUGACGUCCAUUGGGAACCAAAUAAGCAUGCUCAGUGUUGAAGUGAGCGAUUUGCGGCAAGAUCUCAGGAAGCUCUGGGGUGAGGAAGGGCCAGAAGCUGUGAGGUCUAUCAAGUCGGAGCUAACUGGUUUUAAGGAUCUGUUUAAACGCCAUUCUCAGCAGCACACUUCAGCGCUACAUAACAUUCACAAACAUGUGGAAACUAAGUCAGGCUCAGCACACGACAGGGACUCGCCAAUUCUGUCUCGGCUGACCGAUUUGUCCAGCCAACUGGAAAAAGAUAUUGCAGUUAAGCACGCAAGCGCAUUCCUCCUCGCUAUGGCAGCGCUCGUUCUGGUCGUUUUAUUUGCGUUGUGUUCGUGGAGGAAAUUCCGGGCCAUAGAGAAAAAACAUAUGCUUUGA